CUUAAAUAUAGUUUUUUGCUGUGUGUUUGGAUAUAGAGGCGAUCACCCGAUAAACUGUUGAUUUUGUUAGUAGUGGAAGAAGUCUAUGCUAAGUUAAAUAUUAUUCCGGUUUUUGAGUUAUCAGCGCGUUCGCGAAAGGUUUUUGUUUCUUGAAUUUACAGAAGUAAAUAGUUAUAUCGGUUUAAAUUAUAAGUGGAACGGUUAAUUCUGCGAUGAUGGCUAGUGAGGCGUCUUGCUCCACGGGGCAAGAUUUAGGUGUUAGUGUUGUAAAAGACAGGGUAGUGGUAGGGGGAAAGAUUUUGAAUAAUAGUGAUAGUAGUAAUAAUAUAUCUUUAAGAACGGGUGAGGAGUUUUCGCUGGAGUUUCUUCAAGAUCGUGGUGGUACGAGGAGAGUUGGGAAUGGAAAUGAUAUGGAUGUGAAUCAUAUGAUUGGAACAAAAAGUGAUGUCAAUGGUCAUCUUGGUUAUAUGGAAAUUAGUAGUAUGCUUGGGUUGCAGAGGGUGGAUUCUGUAAGUAGUCGUGGUACGGCUGAUAUGGUUCCUGCUAAAGGAGUUAUGUCUGUGACGAGUGCGCCGGUUAUUGGUUCUAUUCCUUCAUUGGGUCAAAGGGGUUCAGGGUCGGGUGUUUUGAAUGAUUCACAAAAGGGAAAAAUAAAGUUUCUUUGUAGUGCGGGUGGUAAGAUUUUGCCACGGCCUAGUGAUGGGAAGCUUAGAUAUGUGGGAGGUGAGACACAUAUAUUUUCAAUACAGAAGAAUAUGUCGUUUGCUGAAUUUGUCAAGCGAACUAGCGAAUUUUGUAGUCAACCUUAUACAAUCAAGUACCAGCUUCCGGGAGAGGAUCUUGAUUCGCUUAUAUCCGUGGGUUCUGAUGAGGAUCUUCAGAAUAUGAUAGAGGAAUUUAAUGGGCUUGGAAGUCGUGAUGGUUCCUCACGACUUAGGAUAUUUUUGGUUCCUCUUUCUGAAUCUGAGAGUGUGAUUACAAGUGAAGCCAGUGCUAAUUUACAGACCAAUUCAGAUUUUCAAUAUGUAGCUGCGGUGAAUGGAAUAGUUGAUAAUGAUUCGAUAAGAAAUAAUGAUGCACAUAUAAAGUCAAGCUUGGAUCAAAACCCGAGCUUGCCAAUAAAUCAUUCUCCUUUCUUCAAUACCUUGGAAGACCUUGAUGUCCUGAAUAACUCAAAUGUCACUCCAAAUGUUUCCGAACCCCAAAUAUUUGCGACGCCUUCUGAUCCAUCACUUCUUGUUUCUCCUGUUCUAGUGCCACACGAUGAUCUUAUCAAUGGUCAUGCACAAGUGUACAAUGACCCAUUAUCUGGUAGUAUCGAGAUCCCAGUACUAAAGGGUCGGGCUUUUCAUUCUGAAAAUCGUAUUUUACACCCUCCUGAUCCUGUGAAUGUUUAUGUGGGAUCCAAUGAGUCUCAGUUGGGUAUACCACAUGCAUUUUCUGAUCCCCAACUACAAGAACGUGGAGCGAACUCUGCUUUUGGCUCUCAAGAUGGAUCUAACUUUCCUUCUACGUUGUGCUUUGCUCCACCACCUCUACCUUCACAACUUUUGCAGGGCAAGUCUAUUGAACAACUUGAUAGCAAUCAUCCACAAGUCCUAUUCGAGAUGCCAAAUGUCAGUCCUUCUGUUCCUUACAGUCGAACAGAGUUCUUGCAAAUACCUAUUGUAUCUGAGUCAUUGACUAAAGUCCAUAGCAAUCAGACUCACCAGGACACAAGAAUGGAUCCAAACAAGAAUAUUGGGUUGCAAAAUUAUCAUGACCUUCAAGUCCCAAACAUUCCUCCUGCAUCAACAGCAAUUAAUCCGAAGACCAUGCCGAAUGUAAUGAUGCAGCCACCUUUAAGCAAUAAGUGGGAGAAUUAUCCGGCUGAGUUUGCUAUUAACAAACAACAAACCACUAGCAAUCAGCAGCAGAUUUACACCGGGGCAGAUAAUGGUGAGCAGAGAAGCAAUAUGCCACAAGCCAAUAACAUGGGAAUCUCGGGGACGGUUUCCAAUUACAACAAUAUAUCUGACGCUGACCAAUCCUUGAAUGAUCUACUUUCUCACCUACCUAAUGUGCAACUACCAAGUUCACACCAGAUAGAUAAAAAUGGCCAUAUGCCUAUGAAUCCAACAAUUGGAACUGAUGGUUCCAUGUUGGAGACAGUGGCACCAGAUGUUUCUUGGAUGCAAGUUCCAACAACUGAUACUGGAUUAAGAAGAGAGGUCAAAUUUAAUGAUGAUAAAGUCAAUUAUUCUGAACAGAAAGUUGUUAACUUGGGUCAUGAAGAACAUCAUGGUAAGCCUAUGGGAGAUGUGACAGAGCCUAUUCGUUCACGGAUGUUAGAUGCAGCCAGCAGUAAUACUGCUCCCUCAAGUCCAACAGAAGCUGAGGAUACCCAUUCAGAUUCUCACAUUGAGGAUGCUGCAACAGACAGCGGAAGUAAGGAUGGUCCAUUCAGUAAUGCAUUAAUAGCUGAAAUGGAAGCUGAUAUGUAUGGUCUUCAGAUUAUAAAAAAUGAUGAACUUGAAGAAUUGAAAGAGUUGGGAUCUGGGACGUAUGGGACAGUGUAUCACGGGAGAUGGCGAGGGUCAGAUGUUGCCAUUAAGAGGAUAAAGAAGAGCUGCUUUUCUGGGAGAUCUUCAGAGCAAGAACGCUUGACCAAUGACUUCUGGAGAGAAGCUAAAAUCCUUUCUAAUCUUCAUCAUCCAAAUGUGGUUGCAUUUUAUGGUGUGGUGCCCGAUGGUCCAGGUGGGACGUUAGCUACUGUUACUGAAUUUAUGACCCACGGAUCACUUAGAAAUGUCUUGAUAAAAAAGGAUAGAUCACUUGAUCGCCGUAGAAAGCUAAUAAUAGCCAUGGAUGCAGCUUUUGGCAUGGAGUACUUGCAUAUGAAAAAUAUUGUUCACUUUGAUCUAAAAUGUGAUAACUUGCUUGUUAACAUGCGAGAUCCACAACGACCCAUUUGCAAGGUUGGAGAUUUUGGACUGUCGAGGAUCAAAAGAAACACUCUAGUUUCAGGUGGCGUUAGAGGGACACUACCAUGGAUGGCACCAGAAUUGUUAAAUGGCAGCACCACCAAAGUUUCUGAAAAGGUUGAUGUGUUCUCCUUUGGCAUUACGAUGUGGGAGAUUCUUACUGGGGAAGAACCUUAUGCAAAUAUGCAUUGUGGGGCAAUCAUUGGAGGAAUUGUGAAGGACACCCUUCGCCCUAAAAUACCAGAGAAGUGUGACCCCGAUUGGAGGAUGUUGAUGGAGCAAUGCUGGUCAGCGGACGCCACUGUUCGGCCUUCAUUUACCGAAAUCACAAAUAGACUUCGGACCAUGUCCAAAGCACUCCAAGCAAAUGGAAGCAAAAAAGUUCAAAAUGUAUAGUAGGUUUUUGUGUUUAUAUAUUGUAUCUAUUUAGUGUCCUGUCACUUAUGGCGAGUUCCACAGUGUGUCUGCUCAUUUGUUCAUUCUUUUUGACUGAAGACACCUGUUGUUAAUACGAUCAUAGCUUGGAGGCCGAGUAUCACUAUUUUUAUGUAAUUUACACAAAUCAUACGCACAACAAUACAUCGAUCUGGUUAUCUUGUUUGCCUUUA